AUGUUGCGUUCAACGUUCAUCAGAAGUUCGAAGGCCCUGUUCGCCGGGCAAUUAAGAAGAUUUCAUGUCAGUAAUCAGCUUUUAGAUGCACAACCAUACAAGAUGCCAGCGGUGUCACCCACAAUGGAUAAGGGGAAUCUAGUGGAAUGGAAGGUCAAAGUUGGUGAUGAAAUUAAUGCGGGCGAUGUUUUGCUUGAAGUGGAAUCCGAUAAGGCACAGGUCGAUGUUGAAUGUCAAGAUGAUGUUAAAUUGGCCAAAAUUCUAGUGGACAAUGGUACUAAGGAUGUUCCAGUGGGCCAAGUUAUUGCAUGGUUAGCAGAUGUAGAUGAUGACUUGUCGAGUUUGGAGAUUCCAGAUGUAGCACCAGAAGCAGGAGCUCAACCAAAGAAGCAAGCGUCUUCGAAACCUCAGGCUGAAGAAAAGAAGCCAUCCGAACCAAAGAAGAGUGCUAGUACCAAACCUAGUGGGAUUUUAAAUGCUGCUAAUCCUGAUCAAACACUUCUGCCCUCAGUCCAUACGCUGUUGGUUGGGAAUGGUAUCUCUAAAGAGGAUGCACUAAAGAAUAUUAAGGCAUCCGGUAGUAAUGGUAGAUUACUCAAGGGUGAUGUUCUGGCGCACUUGGGUAAAAUCUCUGAAGACUCAGUGGUUAAAGUGGCAGAAUACAUCAAGAGUGGUGAAAAAUUGGACUUAUCCAACAUCGAAUUACGUGAGGCUUCAAAAGCUGAGGCAACUGAGGCAAAGCAAUCACAGGAUGGUGGUAAAGCAGAAGCACCAGCACCUAAACCUGCCAAACCAGAACCUGUGGUCAUUAGAGAUCAAUUGACUGUUCAAGUACCAGCAGGAGUCUCGCUAGAACAAUACAAGAGUUCGUUGCGCGCCUUUGUAGACAGCGCUUUCCAUAUUGCACAUGAACAACCAGUGGCUAAUACUCAUUCUCAAUACUAUGACGAUAUUUUUGAAUCACUAAUUACACCUGCUCCUAAGAAACCAAGAUUUUCUGUAUCAUACGAUUUAGUAUCGGAGUCGCCAAUUUCUCAAAGGCAGAACAACGAUAUCUUUGACUUUUUAGCCGGUAGAGUUCAAAAGGUUACACCAGAAAGCCCAAUUGAUGGUGGUAAUUACAUUUUCCAAUUUCAAGUUAAAGUGGAUGAUAAGUUAUUUGAUGCUAAGGAUAAGGCACAAAAAUUUGUCAAGAGCUUGAAAGAAUUAAAGAUUCAGUGA